GCAGUGAAAGAUAUCGUCGAUAUAAUGCUGCCGAGAAAAGUUUUAGCUUUAUUAUUUAUUUCUAAGAUGGCUUUAUCACAGUCAGUGUACCCAACAACAGCAAUAUCAUAUUCAUCAAGUGCUGUGCCUACGAUACAGACCCUCCCAGUGUCACCAACCGUCGGUGCUGUACCAGCUACAGUCAGCCCCAUACCAGCUACAGUAACAGCUUUACCCAUGUCAAAACAGCCAGCAACAGUGACAGCAAUGCCAGUAACAGGCUCAUCAGCAAUAGUAUCACCUGUCACAUCUUCACCAGGUGUGAAAGUAACUACAAUGCCAGCUUCAACUUCAAAGUCACCUACGGUUUCAUUAACAUCUAUGUCACAUGUAUCUUCACCGUCUAUAAGUCCUGCAAUGAAAUUGACAGAACCUAAAGCCCAUUUCUUACCAACAUCUAUCCCUAAUCCAAAAGUAACAAUCCUUCCUUACGAUACGCCUGCAGCAGCAGAAUCGUCUUGUCUGAAUGAUCCAGUAAAGGUAAAUAUUAAACAUAACGGUCCUGCAUCACCGGUUAAAAGGAUCACAAUGGCGUGUACAGACGAUUUUAUCCUUCCGGAUGAAGACCCUCUGUGCCUUGAUAUUACGAAGAUUCCUCCACCAAUUCCUCUUCCGAAGAAGGUUAAUAAGGGAAACUUGAAUAAUCCGAUUGAUUUUGAAGGCUUGAUGGAUGGUUUUAUGAGUUGUUUGUAGAUAAAAUAAUCAGCAUCUUCCUCGCGUUGUCCCGGCAUUUUGCCACGGCUUAUCCCAAGAAUUGACGUAGACUAGUUUUUUACGAAAGCGACUGCCAUCUGACCUUCCAACCCAGAGGGUAAACUAGGCCUUAUCGGAAUUAGUGCGGUCUCCUCACGAUGUUUUUCCUUCACCGAAAAGCAACUGGUAAAUAUCAAAUGAUAUUUCGUACAUAGUUCCGAAAAACUCAUUGGUACGAGUCGGGGUUUGAACCCGCGACUACCAGCCACCAGUGCCAGCUAGACCAAUCAUGACGAGAGAAAAUUAUGAUGAUAAAUAUGAUUAUGAUAUGAUAAGGUAAUGACGAUAAUUAUAUAUAUUGACUAUUGACUUCAAUGGUUUUGAAUGGAAUCUAAUAUUUGUGUAAUAUUUAGAGUAAAGUAACACCCAAGUAGCUAAAUAUAUAAAAAAAGACUAAUAAAAUAAUACUGAAAAAAAUGUAUUAAUGUCGUUUUUUCUCAACAACCAAAAAGUUAUGUUCUAAUCUAAACAAACAUAUAUAUAUUAUUAUAUUAAUAAUUAUGUAUUGUAUAAGAGCUAUAGUCCGGCUAGCCACUUUUAUCAGCAGACAAGGGCUUCUGUCAGUUAAGUAAAAAUAAGAACAAAAAAACUAUACCUACUACUUACUCAUCCCUUUCUUAAGGGUAAAGAAUACUAGUACUAGCUUAAGACAAGGACAGUAUGAUUCUCUAUGUUUAAAUGAAACAGUCCCUGCAUGGAGACUGUAUAAAGGAGCCAAAUCUCUAUGUAUGAAAAGUGUCCAUCAAAAAACAGUAAUUAGGCGACGCCACCAUACACCGAAAUACUACCAAAAACAACCUACGUAAUUUGGUCGGGUUAUUUGUUGCCUUAUAUGGUUCAUGUUAUACUCAUGUCCCAGAGCCUAACUAGCACCACCGGAGAUUAGGAACUAUUAUUUAAAGCUUAACGCGGUCACUUUUACAACAAUUCUGCCAUAAGAGAUUGCGAUCCUUUCUAUACCAUCCAUAAGUCCCUGGCCAAAGUAUAGCCGGUCAAGCAACUUUGUCAGUAGAAUAAAGCGCGAAAUAAAAAAUUUCUAUGGCACGAUUUUUUUUUAAAUUUGCCGCUUUCUUCUACUAACGGAAAUGACUUGAAAGACCAUAAUCAUCAGCAACCGAACCGUAAGUAUAGUUGGUCAAGC